UUCAUAUAUAUAGGCUGUUUCUUGCCUGUCUGCAGAAGAUCAGUGCAAAGCUUACUCUUUGGGAACUCUCCUCCAGGAAGGACCCUAGCAAGUGCGCUCAUUUAGACCUCUGUCACUUCUGGGAGCUUUGCGAACGAUGGUACUGGAUCCGAAGAUGUCAAGGAUUUGGUGCAUUUUAUUCCUUGGUGGUUGGCUGGCGCUGUCGCAAGGAGCUGAUAAUCCAGGGGCUAUCAUCAAGGUUGAUGUUGGAACAAUUGAUCACGCGGUCUCCACUGCGUUGACUGAGAGUGAUAUUCUUCGGAAAAUGGCAGAGGAAGCAACAAAAAAAAAGCUAAACUCCGAACCCAUCAAAGGUAUCUCAGGGGUGAAAAUGAAAGAUAUCCGUCCCCCUGUGGUAACACUGACGCUCUCACCAGGAACGGGGCUUUUCAUGGCUGUGUUAGUGCAGAUGACCAUUGCUGGGAAGAGCUUUACAGGAAGAAACAUGGAAAUCAAAGUGGCAGCAAACCUGACUGCAAACAGCAGGCUGUCGCAGGAUGCUUUGGGCAUCCCCAAGUUCAGCUCUGAAAAUUGCCACAUUACUCUUGUUAGUGUUAAAACCAACCUUCCCAGCAGCCUGCUGCCUAAAGUCAUGAGCAAGUUUCUGGAUAGCACCCUUCAGAAAGUGCUGCCACGUCUGCUGUGUCCAGCUGUGGAUGCAGUGCUCAACCUUGUGAAUGCAAAAUUGACAACCGUGACCUCUGAGAUAUCUCUCGGGACUGCUGGGACCCUCCGAUACGCUUUGCUGAAUCCACCAACAAUAAGUGAAACUUUCAUACAGCUGGAUUUAAAGACCAUUCUGCACCAAAAAGAGGGAGAUGAGAUUCACCUUCCCACAGACCAGACGCCUCUUACUUCUCUGCCACCGAAGAAAGAAGCUGCUACCCAGCUAAUCCUGUCUGCGAAUUUCUUGAGUGCUGAGCUCCGCGUUAUGCAGGCAUCCUUCAACCUGGACAUCCGGGAUAACAUGGUUCUUGGGCUUCUCCCGCUGGUGACAUCGAUGCUUGGAGCCCUCAUCCCCAAGAUUUCCGGGGCGCUGCCUCCGUCGCAGCCGCUGGUGAUUGCAAUGAGAGAAGCAGAGCCGCCCCUGGUGACCAUCACCCCAGAGGCAGGAGUCGUGCGCUUGUUUAGCACGGCCGAGUUCCUGGUUUCCCCCUCGGACUCUGCUCCUGAAUCCCUCUUUGUCCUGGACGUUCACAGCGACCUGAAAGCGCGGUUUGUUGUUCGAGGAGAAAAGCUGUGCAUCUCCCUGGCUCUGGACAGUUUAUCUGGAAUGGCCUUGGCUUCCUCAUCCGUUGGCACAUUUGAUGAGCUGCUGCUGAAAGGGAUUUUGGCAAAUGUUAUUCAUGUGGCUUAUGUGCCAUCCAUCAAUGAGGCGCUGCAAGGAGGGAUCCCGCUGCCCGAUCUGCUGGGCAUUAAAUACCGGCAGGCUGAGAUCAGCAGGUCGGAGAACGCUCUGGUGCUGAGCGUGCCCGCCGCGGAAACCUGACGCGAGAGGAGGCACGGCCGCUCCCUGCCGCUGCAGCAGAGAAUGAGCCAAAAAGGGCAAAGCAGGACCAGCAAGCGUGGUGGGUCUUCAAAGGGUCAUCUUCCUCUUUGCUUGACUUUUGAGUAAUUUGACUCUCUUGGACUCUGCAAGCUAAAAUAAAAAGACCGCAGCACCCAGCGAUGGGGCUCUGGCGUGCAGUGUGUUUCGUGGAAUCAGCUAGGCACGUCUUUGCAGAAGUGGUAACUUUUUAAAAGAUUGGUUCCUAAACUGAUUGUGUUUACAACAGAAAUAGCCCAGUUAUGAAAGAAGCUGCGGUGGUGGAGGAGCGCAGGAGGUCUGUGCUGCCGGCCGAGGCUCCUUUCAGCAUUCGUUGGCAGGUGUUGAGAGAGGUUUUAGGUGCAUCGUGUAAGUAGCACUUGAAGCACAUGUCUCGCCUUAGCUACAGUAGCGCAAACAGAAUGCCUGACGUUGUUUUUCCAGAACCUGUGGUUAUUAGAUGUUGCUUUGGGCUUUUAUUGUACAACUGCAGAUAGAAAGCUGACAUUCAAAACCUGCAAACCCCGAUGCAUUUAGCAAAUAUUGUCUUUGGCUUUUUCUUUCACAACAAGAAGAAUGAAAGCAUUCAAAAAUUUCCAGGCACCUUUCCAUUUGCAAACAUCAGUCAUCUGGUAAUGGCUGUAGGAUUAAAGGUUAACUCUGAAAGGGUCCUUGUGCCUGUCUGUCAGAAACUAUACCCAGAAAACAAACACAUUUUGCUAAGCAAAUUUGUUACUUCCACACAACAGGGUUUUCAGAGGUUGCAAAUGCUUUGGGAGCUGCUGGUGAAGGGGUAGUGCCUGCACGGCCCAGCCUUGGCCGGGAUAACAGGAGCGGCGAGACAGGACACGAGUGUGAACAGCGCGUGUGAACGGAGCCCCCAAAACUGCCGGGGGGGCGUUUGCUCCCCCACCCAGUGACACCGAAGGGGGAGAUGACCGUCAACCAGAUUCAACAGUGACCGGGGAAUUGCAAAGAAACUUCAGAAACAAAGGAGGGGCCAGUUUGAAAAUAAGUUUAAAAGCAUGCAAAUUUGUCACAGCAGCGAGGGAAGGGAGAACAGAGCAGCAGAAGGGACCAAACCCGGUUGGGCAGGGCCAGAAGGGGCCCCGCGGUCCUCGAGCGGGUGCCCGGCGCCUGGGCUGUGGGGCUGCCCGCAGCGGGGACCCACCUCGGGCACGAACGUGGCCUCCCAGGACUUCGUGUCUGUACCUGUGCACGCGGGGUCAGGGCUACUCGGGAUUCACUGCAGACGGGCACUGAGACAUCUCUGGGUGUAUAUUAAUAUUUCAGAAGUGCCCAGCAUCGUGGUUUGUUGCUAGUUUUGCCGAUAUUGAUCCCAAGUGUAUAGUUCACCGAUCGCCGGGUAAUUGCCUGUCAGUAGUAAGUCAAUGAACAGCUUCGAUCUCGACUUGACUGAAGUGAUGUGACUGAACAUUUUUCCCUGGUGACAGGUAGCUGCUGUAGAAUUAAGGCUAUUUUUGAAAAGAUCAUUGUGUUUUUAAAAAAUUGUCCUCAAGAAAAUCUCGCUGGGAGGCAGGCGAUGAAAACUCCAUCUCUUUUCUUGCGUGCGUUACCAGACGCAGCAGGCAUUUGUUUUGCACUGCUCGUAAGGAAUUGUCUGUGUGAAAAGUUCUCAGCAAUGAAGCAAGCAGUCGUAAAAGCAGCUCCCUGCGAGAGGUGCUGCUCACGAUGCUUCUCAGCAGUGCAGCGCAAACACUGUCGGUGCCAAGCACGUUUUUAGCAAGAUUUUCCUUACUGUUCUUACAUUAGCUAAUAAAGAAUCAAACAGUU